UUUAAUUUUGGCGCAUGCGUGAAUGCGGCUGCGCGCGCGGCGGGCCGGCCCACAGUGAGCGCCCGCGCCCGACCUGCGCCGCCCGCCUAGCGUCCGCGCAUGCCUCCGCGCACCGCCCCACAUACGAUAACACCACUUCUACAAUAAACUUUUUAUUCCAUUGGUAUAGGAGGCAGCUGAUCGAGUAGCCAUGGUUGCGGGAGACGUGACCCGGCGAGCGUCCAUUACCGCGCCGUCGAUGCACCGCAGGCCGUCAGCACGACGCGGCUCGCUCAUCAAAGGCUCACAAUCUACGUCACAGGAGGUGCCAUGGGACAUAAUCGACAGAUGCGCACUCCCCAUAGUGUUGUGCCACGCACUAGCCGUGGUGCUGUCCACGGUACUGAACGCGAUGCACCUGAGCUCCGUGUCCGUCUUCACGCUCUUCCUCUGGUUUUCCAUCUCCGUCACUGGUUCACUGUGGUUCUACCAUAAUCUACAGGUAACAGCGGCAGGAAAAGCCGUUCUGGUGACGGGCUGUGACAACGUGCUGGGGAACGCUCUUGCUAGACGUUUAGACGACCUCGGCUACCAUGUGUUUGCCGGAUUCCAAAGCAAAGCUGGCAACAUUGACGCCGACAUGCUCAAAGAAGACUGCUCAGGAAGAUUACACACGCUCCAACUUGACAUCACUUCUGAAACUCAGAUUCUGUCUGCCUCAUUGUACAUCGUGGAUCAUCUACCAGAGGGCGCCCAAGGGUUGUGGGCCAUCGUCAACUGCGAGUCGUGGUGUGCGCUCGGCGAACUAGAGUGGGUGCCUUUCUCCGUCAUCAAGCGAGCGAUGGAUGUCAACUUGCUGGGUCCGGCUCGCUUGGUACAAGUGAUGCUCCCAUUGGUCCGUCGUGCCCGUGGUCGCGUAGUCCUGGCCUCCUCGAUCCUCACUCAUGUGGCUGCCCCCGUGAGAGGAGUACACGCUGCCUCCCUGGCUGCUCUCGACGCGCUCGCCGCCUGCCUCCGCCGCGAACUCAAACCACGAGGCGUUGAUUGCGUGGUAGUAGCGGCUGGCGAAUACACAACCGGCAGCGCGUGGCUUUCCGAGGAGAAACUUCUGGAACAAGCCCGCGAUAUGUGGAAGAGACUUAGCGACGAACAAAAAGGCGCAUACGGAGAGGAUUACUUUGAAAACGCCCUGCGAAGCCUCGAGAAGUACACCAAAAGCGCUGACGCCGACCUGACCGCCGUGACACGUGCGCUGAGUGAUGGAGUGACACGCACGUUCCCGCUCGCCCGCUACACCCCCGUCUCCCCCCGGGAGAAGCUCAAGUCCUUGCUAGCGGAGCACAUGCCGCGCUCCCUCUACGAAGGCCUUUACACCGAUUAAACGGGAAGCCUGCUCAACGUCUACCAACUAAUGAAUACCUCGGUUUAUGUAUCACUGUUCUUGGAAAUAACGCGGCCUUUAUGUCUAACGCUACAAUUUUUAAUUUUCUCAGUUCGCUUAAAGGUCAAACGUGAAAAACAAAGUAUAACCGACGGGGCUGUUCUACGUACCCUGCCAUGAAAAUGCUAAUUCACUUUUAUCUCAAAAUUUGAUUACGUAAGAUUCUUUAGUUCAUAAUAAAUUAUGUUUCAUGGCAGGCGAAUAUCAUUUAGCUUCUCAGAUAUAUUUGUAAAGGACAAAAUAUUGAGCACAUCCAGAGAUGAUAGGUAGUUAAAUAAAGCGCUCUAAUCUAAGGAUCAACAAAAAGCACUAAAUAUAGCCGUGUAGGUAUCUGAGACGCUGGCAUCUCGCUAUCUGAGAGCAAUAAACAAUUAGCAUCUACAUUAUAUGUGGGUAACGUAGUCGGCGUGUGCCAAAUGAAACUCUCAUGCAGAACACUCGAGUUACGUAAGCACAUAAGUUGAAGGCGGUUUACCGAUUCAGCCGAGCUUCUGCCCACUUGAACACGUUUAUGUAGAUCACCAAUUUACUAAAAAUGUCCGCGUCGCAUCGCUCGAAGACACUAAUAAAUCAAGAACCAUUAACAAUCCAGUAAGUUGUAAGCAUUAAAAUAAAAAGGCUUUGUCAGAGCUACUGAAAUGUCAGCCAAUGUGACUGUUGGUGACGUUUCGUUAAUUAACAAAAGAUUUACUCGUCCGUUCCAUUAUUAUCUCGGUUUUCAUCACAUCUUUUGACUAAAUUAUAUACCAACGUCUAAAGUAACUAGAUCCAAUUCUGGGGGAACAGUCGCUUGUAAAACGAAACUACUGGAGCGUAUGCUGUUCGUUUCAUAUCAAGUUACUCUUAUGUAAAAGAAUAAGUUGUAAUAUAUAAAUGUUUCUAUGCGAAUGACAUUGUAUAAUGUUUGAUAAGUAGAUAAGUGAGUACCUAUAUACGUUCGUAGGUGGUCAGGUCAGGCUGACCCGAUUAUUUGUUGGCACUCGAUCAAUUCUGUCAGUCGCGUAUGUUGCUGAUCCAUUUUCGCAUUUAAUGUGUGGUUUUCCAUCAUUCAGACUAGGGUAAUUAAUGAAUAGUAAAUUCAACAAAAUAUGCGUUAUCUAAACCAUGUUCAAGACAUUAAUUAUAUUGCACUUUAGCUUGUGCAAGUCUCUAGCGACUCGCAAAACUUUCCUCUGCGACGAGAUGGUAUUUACGUGGAACCCAAAGAUAAAGUGUUUAACCACAAAGUAAGCUAAAUAAUAAAGGCGCUCAGCACUUGUCCACUCAGAUUAUGAAAUAAGUAGAUAAAUCUCUUAACUGCAAAUAUUGAGAUAAUUACAAUAUUUCUUGGUUUAGAUUUCGCACUAACUAAAUCUAUACUUGUAAAUGUACAAUUUCGAUGUCAUGUAUAUUCACAGAUGUAGACCGUAAUUAUGUAAAAUAUUAUUCGUCGUGUACAGUAUUUUGAAUAAAUGUUCCCGUGUGUUAUAUCACCGUCAUUAGCUCACAUCAUCGCGUCAUCAAUUAUAAUUAUGAAGUAGAGGGCUUCCCUCUCGUUGGCAUCACAUACUAGAUAUUCCAUUAUAUCGUUUACGUUUGCAAAUACUUGCUUUAUGUGUGUGUACUGUGUAUUCGUAUUAUGUUAAAAAUGCAGCCCGUACGUGGAGUGCCAUGAAUACAUUAUCGCCGCCUGCUCGCUGCAUUUUUGAAGUGCAUUUAAGUGCGGCAUACAGACAUAAUCCAGUACUAUCUAGAUUAAUUUUAAUUCUAUCGCGUGUGAGAUAAUUUUGUACAAUGUGUCUUUUAAUAAAUAGAAAAGAUCA